AUGUCGGGAAAAGGAGCGAAAGGUCUGAUAAUGGGGAAAUCCUCCUCAUCCCUGAACGGGGCAAACAAGGACAAGGACAAAAAGAAGCCCGUCUCUCGAUCCUCUCGCGCUGGUCUUCAGUUCCCAGUGGGUAGGGUUCACCGUCAACUGAAGACAAGGGUUGCAGCUAAUGGCAGGGUUGGAGCAACAGCUGCUGUUUAUACAGCAGCCAUAUUGGAGUAUCUGACCGCUGAAGUACUAGAGUUGGCUGGCAAUGCAAGCAAGGAUCUGAAGGUAAAGCGCAUAACACCGAGGCAUUUGCAGCUUGCCAUCCGGGGGGACGAAGAACUUGACACCCUCAUCAAAGGAACCAUAGCUGGUGGUGGAGUCAUCCCUCACAUUCACAAGUCACUCAUCAAUAAAUCUUCCAAAGAUUGA